CCCCUCUCCCUCUCCAGAAGCCUGGCCGUACCACCAACGAGUGUCAAACGGUAUGAACCAAGCUCUGAUCCUCUCUCCUGCUCUCUUCCCCCCCGCUCUCUCCACAGCAGCCAUGGCCUCUUCCUCUUCCAUCACUCUCUCCCAAUCCAUCCUACCUCCCAGCACCGCCACCGGACACCACCACGCCGCCACCAACCCACCCCCCUCCUCCGUCCCCACCUUUUCCCUCCCCACCUUCUCCGGCCUCAAGUCCACUUCCUCCACUCCUGCUUCCUCCCGCCCCACCACCUCACGGCGGCGCGUGAACCCCAUCCGCCGCUCCAUACGGUCCUCCGCCGCCGUCGAAACCCUCGACAAGACCGACACAGCCCUGGUCGAGAAGUCUAUCAACACGAUCCGGUUCCUGGCUAUCGAUGCCGUCGAGAAGGCCAAUUCCGGCCACCCGGGUCUGCCCAUGGGCUGCGCCCCUAUGGGUCAUAUACUCUACGACGAGGUCAUGAGGUACAAUCCCAAGAACCCCUAUUGGUUCAAUCGCGACCGCUUCGUUCUCUCCGCCGGCCACGGUUGCAUGCUUCAGUACGCCUUGCUUCACCUCGCUGGCUACGACAGCGUCCUGGAAGAAGAUUUGAAAAGCUUUCGCCAAUGGGGGAGCAAAACCCCUGGUCAUCCAGAGAACUUUGAGACCCCUGGUGUUGAAGUCACUACUGGUCCUCUUGGUCAGGGUAUUGCCAAUGCUGUUGGCCUGGCCCUAGCUGAGAAACAUUUGGCUGCUCGCUUCAACAAACCAGACAAUGAGAUUGUUGAUCACUACACCUACGCUAUAUUGGGAGAUGGUUGCCAAAUGGAGGGGAUUUCAAAUGAAGUUUGUUCCCUUGCUGGUCACUGGGGGCUUGGGAAGCUUAUUGCUUUCUAUGAUGACAACCAUAUCUCUAUUGAUGGUGAUACAGAGAUUGCUUUUACUGAGAGUGUUGAUACCCGUUUUGAGGGUCUUGGGUGGCAUGUUAUCUGGGUGAAGAAUGGAAACACAGGUUAUGAUGAUAUUCGUGCUGCUAUUAAGGAAGCAAAGGCUGUCAAAGACAAACCCACUUUGAUCAAGGUGACCACAACUAUUGGUUAUGGUUCGCCCAAUAAGGCAAAUUCAUACAGUGUACAUGGAAGUGCACUAGGUGCCAAGGAAGUUGAUGCCACAAGGAAGAACCUGGGAUGGCCUAAUGAGCCUUUCCAUGUACCCGAGGAUGUGAAAAAGCAUUGGAGACGCCAUGUCCCUGACGGUGCUGCUCUUGAAGCUGAGUGGAAUGCUAAGUUUGCUGAGUAUGAGAUGAAAUACAAGGAGGAAGCUGCAGACUUGAAGUCUAUCAUCAACGGUGAGCUGCCUGCUGGUUGGGAGAAAGCUCUCCCGACAUACACACCAGAGAGCCCCAGUGAUGCCACCAGAAAUCUCUCUCAGCAAUGUCUUAAUGCCCUUGCAAAAGUUAUCCCUGGAUUUCUCGGUGGCAGUGCUGAUCUCGCGUCCUCCAACAUGACCCUGCUGAAAAUGUUUGGUGACUUCCAAAAGAACACACCAGAAGAGCGUAAUCUCAGGUUUGGCGUUCGUGAGCAUGGGAUGGGAUCUAUUUGCAACGGGAUUGCCCUCCACAGCCCUGGCCUCAUUCCAUACUGUGCAACUUUCUUUGUUUUCACAGAUUACAUGAGAGCGGCGAUUAGGAUUUCUGCCUUGUCUGAAGCUGGUGUUAUCUAUGUUAUGACCCAUGAUUCAAUUGGACUUGGUGAGGAUGGUCCAACACAUCAGCCAAUUGAGCAUUUGGCUAGCUUCCGUGCAAUGCCCAAUAUUUUGAUGCUUCGUCCAGCUGAUGGCAAUGAGACAGCUGGAGCAUACAAGGUGGCUGUCCUCAAUAGGAAGAGACCUUCCAUCCUUGCUCUCUCGAGGCAGAAGCUGCCCCAACUCGCGGGAACUUCCAUUGAAGGAGUGGAGAAGGGUGGGUAUAUAAUAUCAGACAACUCAUCGGGUAACAAGCCAGAUGUUAUCUUGAUGGGUACUGGUUCUGAAUUGGAAAUUGCUGCCAAGGCUGCAGAUGAGCUCAGAAAGGAAGGGAAGACCGUAAGAGUUGUGUCCUUUGUUUCCUGGGAGCUCUUUGGCGAACAAUCGGAUGCUUACAAGGAAAGUGUCCUUCCAGCAGCUGUAUCAGCCAGAGUUAGCAUCGAAGCUGGAUCAACAUUUGGCUGGGAGAAGAUUGUUGGAAGCAAAGGGAAGGCAAUAGGAAUUGACCGGUUUGGGGCAAGUGCUCCAGCAGGAAAAAUUUACAAGGAGUUUGGCAUAACUGCAGAGGCUGUUAUUGCAGCGGCUAAAUCAUUCUUCUAGGCUUCCAACAUAUUCUUCAGUUUGGUCCUGGAUGUUGACAUAUUCGGCGAGGGGGCUUUUCACGAGCGAACUGGUCAGUUAACGGUCUCAUAACAUUUCAUAAUAAGGAGAUGAAGUAUAUAUAUAUAUAUUUUUUUGGGUGCUUUUUAUCUUCUCCAGUGGAGGAGCCAAAUCUGCAACUGAAUCCAAGAUCAAAAGAGGGGGGGAAUCGAGAUGUUCAUGAAUUUGUAUAAACUCUCUUAAACCUAUUCCGAGUUCUGUAAUGUUGGAAGCAAUUGAUUGUUCAUUGGUGUUAUUAUCCUCCCUCCCAAUGUUCUUGGCCUUUCUUUGGUCUCAGAGAUGCGCUUGAUUUGUAUGAUAGAUGAUCUCUCUCUGUGGAAUAAAGAAAGCAAGGGGAGUUUGCUGUUAAAAGUGUUUAGUUUAUUCUGGGAUGGAUACAGAAUGUGUAUGCAUUUUUCAAUAUCUCAGCUCUUUUUGGGUUUGA